GCGCAGCUGGGGUCCAGUCCGCCCGCGGAGUCAGGAGGGCACGCGGGGCUUAGGGCGGCGCGGUAGGCGGCGCACCAUGCCGGGGAUGGUGCUGUUUGGCCGGCGCUGGGCCCUAGCCAGCGACGACCUAGUGUUCCCCGGGUUCUUUGAGCUGUUCCUACGUGUGUUGUGGUGGUUUGCCAGCCUGAUCCUGUACCUCAUGCACAGAAGGAAGCUGGACUGUCCUGGAGGAGUCCUGCUCAGCACUUACUUGAUCGUGCUCCUCGUUCUCCUGGCAGUUAUUGUGUGUACCGUGCUGGCCAUCGUGUAUGUCAGCAUGAGAGGAACCAUUUGUAACCCUGGACCUCGGAAGUCUAUGCCUAAGCUGCUUUAUAUCCGCCUGGCGCUCUUCGUGCCAGAGAUGGUCUGGGCUUCUCUGGGGGCCGCCUGGGUGGCAAAAGGAAUCCAAUGUGACAAGACAGUUGUGAUUGGCAUCAUGGCUACCGUCAUUGUCAGUUGGAUUGUCAUUGCUGCCACCAUGGUCACCAUCCUCGUUGUCUUUGACCCGCUGGGUGGGAGAAUGGCUCUGCGUCCCCAAGGCUUCCCCGAUCACCUGGAUGUUCCCAGCUCGAGCCAGUUAUUGACCGGCUUGAAGACGGCUGCGAAGAGCUUGUGGGAGACUAGGGUGAGGUUGUGCUGCUGCUGCAUGGGCCCGGAUGACAACGCCAGAACCGCCUUCUCCAGCGCAGCCGACCUUUUCUCCACCUGCUUCUCCGACACAGACCUGGUGCCCAGUGAUAUUGCAGCCGGCUUCACCCUUCUCUACCAGCAACAGGACAGCAUCAGCAGCAGCCUGGAGCCACAGGAGGUCGUCACCCAACUUCCAGGGCGGCCUCAGGAAGCGGACUUGGAUGCGGAAGUUGAAAACUGCCAACACUUCAUGAGGUUCGCAGCAGCUGCCUAUGGAUGGCCCCUCUACAUCUACAGAAACCCAUUCACAGGGCUGUGCAGUAUUGGCGGCGACUGUUGCAGAGUCACAGAGACAGAGUUGGAUGCAGUUGAAGGUGACCAGCACAACUGCCACUUUGCCUCCAUCCUGAAGACGACAGGGCUGCAGUACAGGGACUUCAUUCACAUAAGCUUUCACGACAAGGUGUAUGAGCUGCCCUUCAUAGUGGUUCUGGAUCACAGGAAGGAGGCUGUUGUGGUCGCCGUGAGAGGGACCAUGUCUCUCCAGGACAUCCUAACAGACCUGUCCGCAGAGAGUGAGAACCUGGAGCUGGACGUUGAGAUGCAGGGCUGUGUGGCCCACAAGGGAAUCGCUCAAGCGGCCAGAUACAUUUACCGCAGACUGGUCAACGACGGGAUUCUGAGCCAAGCCUUCAGUGUCGCUCCGGAGUACCGGCUUGUUCUGGUGGGGCACAGCCUGGGAGGCGGAGCUGCGUCCCUGUUGGCCAUCAUGCUCCGGAGGGCCUACCCACAAGUCCGCGCCUAUGCCUUCUCCCCGCCCAGGGGGCUGCUGAGCAAAUCCCUUUACGAACACUCCAAGGACUUCGUUGUGUCACUUAUCCUUGGGAUAGAUGUGAUCCCCAGGUUAAGCGUGGCCAACAUGGAGGAUCUGAAGCGAAGGAUCCUGCGAGUGAUUGCUAACUGCAAUAAGCCGAAGUACAAGAUCUUGCUGCAUGGCUGUUGGUAUGGCCUGUUCGGAGGAAGCCCUGAUAACUGCCCAACUGAACUGGAUGAAGGCUGCCAGGGAGCCCUGACUCAGCCUCUUCUUGGGGAGCAGAGUCUGCUGACACGAUCCUCCCCGGGCUACAGUUCCAGUGACUCCCCAACAGAUUCUCCCACCAAGUACCCACCGCUGUACCCACCUGGCAGGAUCAUCCACCUGGAAGAGGAGGCUGGUUCAAGGUUUGGCUGCUGUUCCGCUGCACACUACAGGGCGAGGUGGGCACAUGAAGCAGAAUUCAGCAGGAUCCUGUUAGGCCCGAAGAUGCUGACUGACCACCUGCCGACCAUUGUAACUCAGGCCCUGGACAGAGUGGUGGCUGACAGAACAGCCUGUGUCUCCUGCCCAGGGCAUGGUGGCUCUAACGUGGAUUAACCAGCUCUGCUAGACACUGCCCAGCACAAUGGACCUGCGCUUUGAUCUUUCUUGGACUGAAUGUGAGUGGCUUCUGUGAGGCUGGUGUGGUGGUGUCCGUCAACAGUCAUCUGAU